AAUAGCAGCAGUACAGCCUUCUGAAUUUGUCUAGGAGUAUGAAUUGAUGGAGUUGGCAUACUGAAGAUCGAAAACAAUGCCCCAGAUGGUCAACAAUUCUUCAUUUCUCAGAUUAGGAGGCCUCAAUUUCACUAAGGAAAAUUCAGAGGGAGGAAAAAUCAUUCCAGCUAUUAAGGAAUUACAAGGUGCCCUGGGUCUCCAGAUUGAUCAGGAAACUUUACAUGGCAUCUCCCAGCAAUGACUCCACUGCCCCAGUCUCUGAAUUCCUCCUCAUCUGCUUCCCCAACUUCCAGAGCUGGCAGCACUGGUUGUCUCUGCCCCUCAGCCUUCUCUUCCUCCUGGCCAUGGGAGCUAACACCACCCUCCUGAUCACCAUCCAGCUGGAGGCCUCUCUGCACCAGCCCCUGUACUACCUGCUCAGCCUCCUCUCCCUGCUGGACAUCGUGCUCUGCCUCACCGUCAUCCCCAAGGUCCUGGCCAUCUUCUGGUUUGACCUCAGGUCGAUCAGCUUCCCAGCCUGCUUCCUCCAGAUGUUCAUCAUGAACAGUUUUUUGACCAUGGAGUCCUGCACGUUCAUGGUCAUGGCCUAUGACCGUUAUGUGGCCAUCUGCCAUCCAUUGAGAUACCCGUCUAUCAUCACUGACCAGUUUGUGGCUAGGGCCGUGGUCUUUGUUAUAGCCCGGAAUGCCUUUGUUUCUCUUCCUGUUCCCAUGCUUUCUGCCAGGCUCAGAUACUGUGCAGGAAACAUAAUCAAGAACUGCAUCUGCACUAACCUGUCUGUGUCCAAACUCUCUUGUGAUGACAUCACUUUCAAUCAGCUCUACCAGUUUGUGGCAGGCUGGACUCUGUUGGGCUCUGAUCUUAUCCUUAUUGUUAUCUCCUAUUCUUUUAUAUUGAAAGUUGUGCUAAGGAUCAAGGCCGAGGGUGCUGUGGCCAAGGCCUUGAGCACGUGUGGUUCCCACUUCAUCCUCAUCCUCUUCUUCAGCACAGUCCUGCUGGUUCUGGUCAUCACUAACCUGGCCAGGAAGAGAAUUCCUCCAGAUGUCCCCAUCCUGCUCAACAUCCUGCACCACCUCAUUCCCCCAGCUCUGAACCCCAUUGUUUAUGGUGUGAGAACCAAGGAGAUCAAGCAGGGAAUCCAAAACCUGCUGAAGAGGUUGUAAGAAUAAAAAGGAUUAGAUCCACCUUUUGAGUUGUUAAUUGUUAGUGAAAAUUGGGAAAUAGGGAAUUAAUUUUAUGUUGGAAAGGAAAUUCACUUUAAAUCCUGCCUGAGUUCGGAUUCUUCUGUUCUCAAUAUCUCAGGCAACAAUGAACACAUUUAUUUGUGAAUCUUUGUUUUCUGUUGCUUGAAAGGAAACCUCCCUUUUCUGGAUUCUAUGGUUACUUUGGAAUUUUUCCUGAUCUAAUCUGCAACAAAGAAUCUUGCCAAGACUUUGACAAAUGGAGCUGUAUUAGACUGGAAGUGUUUGACCACUAAAGAAACAAACUUUAUAUAAUGCCCUUAAAAAGAUCAGCCUGUCUUCUGAUUUGCAAAUGACAAUGAUUCCUUCCCUGUCUCUGAUUCAGCCUGGCAGACGGCUACCUGGCUUGGGUGCGAUGAAGGCAUGGCUUGGGUUAAGUCCAGAUGUCCACCCUGGAACAACUUGGGGUUGAGUGCCUUGCCCUGAAUACCCCAACUCUCUUCCAUGGCACCUGAGGCAGAUGUGCUAUUCACUGGCUCCUAAAAUUCUCCUAGACCCAAUUAAGAUAUUCAGUCUGUACCACCUCUCUGAGGGCAGCGUUUUCUAUUCUUUCUCUCUACUUAGAUUUUCUUUCUUCAGUUUUUGGUUUGUAAAUGAGGUUGAUAAAGUUUUAGGAUUUUUAGGUUGGGGAGGAGUUGUACUGUUUGAAGUGCUGUAUGUUCUUUUCUUCAUCAUCUUCAUCUUCAUGUCGUUAUAAUCCUAGUUCCUAUCUCACCUUGAAGUCCCCAUCCUAGGCACAAAUGAGCCAUCCUGUUCAUUCCCUCUGAUGCUGUUUGCUGCAUCCUCCCUCCUGAGCUGUGGCUGGCAAAGCUGCCAACAGUUUCCCAGACAUGAAAGUUCUAGGUUUGUUUUUCACAGAAUAGUGUAUUCUACUAUUUUGGCAUUUCCUUCUUAAUGAUGCCACACAGUUCAGUAUCUCCAAGGAAUAUAAACAGUCUUAAUCUGUCUCUUUUGGGGAUGCAAAUUCAGAUUUCAAGUCCAUCAUUUGUCCAGGCAUCGUUUGACAACUGUCCCAACUGGACUAUCCUACUUCCAUUUGUACUGAAGCUUAUCUUUGCUGAAUGACUUGCAUUAAAAUAAAUAUCUCUACAGUGUUUAAAAUGUUUAAUAUGUUACAGCAUUUUUUAUUACAGACCUGCUAUAUUCUAGCCCUAACAUACUUUCGACUUAUCUUAAACUUUGUUUUCUCUGCCACUGUAGCCAAAAUGAGCUGCUCAUUAUUUCUUGAAAAUUACUUAUUCCCAUUUUGCUCUCUCUCUUCAAUCAUUUGAUGUUUCUCACAUCAGCCUUCUUUUACCAUUAUCACCAUUUGCCAAACCCCAUCUUUCCUACCAGGUUUUUUUAUUUUUAUUUUUUUAUUAUGUUUUAAGUUUUAGGGUACAUGUGCACAAUGUGCAGGUUUGUUACAUAUGUAUACAUGUGCCAUGUUGGCGUGCUGCACCCAUUAACUCGUCAUUUAACAUUAGGUAUAUCUCCUAAUGCUAUCCCUCCCCACUCCCCCCAACCCACAACAGUCCCCGGUGUGUGAUGUUCCCCUUCCUGUGUCCAUGUGUUCUCAUUGUUCAACUCCCACCUAUGAGUGAGAAAAUGCGGUGUUUGGUUUUUUGUCCUUGUGAUAGUUUGCUGAGAAUGAUGGUUUCCAGCUUCAUCCAUGUCCCUACAAAGGACAUGAACUCAUCAUUUUUUAUGGCUGCAUAGUAUUCCAUGGUGUCUAUGUGCCACAUUUUCUUAAUCCAGUCUACCAUUGUUGGACAUUUGGCUUGGUUUUGCUAUUGUGAAUAGUGCCGCAAUAAACAUACGUGUGCAUGUGUCUUUAGAGCAGCAUGAUUUAUAAUCCUUUGGGUGUGUACCCAGUAAUGGGAUGGCUGGGUUAAAUGGUAUUUCUAGUUCUAGAUCCCUGAGGAAUCGCCACACUGACUUCCACAAUGGUUGAACUAGUUUACAGUCCCACCAACAGUGUAAAAGUGUUCCUAUUUCUCCACAUCCUCUCCAGCACCUGUUGUUUCCUUCCUACCAGGUUGAAUUCAAAUGCCAUCUCCCACAGUAGGUCUUCCUUCCCUGAUCCUCCCGACUGGAAUCAUUAUUCUUGCAUCUUGUGUGGCUGUAUUUCUUUCUCUGACACUGUCAUAAGCUUCUUUUAGGUUGAGAGUAUUUGCUUCAUCUUUAAAAUUCUGCAUGGCUACUUUUACUGUCUCUUAUACAUACAGAUAAAUUUAAAAUAAAAAUGUGUUGAACAAAAUCUGUAGAACAUUUUAUAAGUGAUCUCUCAUCUCUCAUUUUCUUUAAUAACUACUUGGAAACAACAAUAAAAUCUUAUACUAUUAUAUGUCCCUAUAGCACCUAACAGAGAGCCUUAUUUUUAGCCAGCACAAAAUGAACCUCUAUAUAGUGAAGACCAUUAGGAUUGAGACAGUCUGGAGAACUGGAAUUUUAUUCUCAGAUAAAAUAAUUUGGCUAAAUUUGUGUACUCCGAUUUUGUGAACUUUGGUUAAACUCAUAAAUUCUGGCUUAAUUACCU